AUGGAGAGCUUCGAUGAUGUUUCUCUCAUUGGACUAGUGUCCCAGGAAGCACCUUUACACGAUGAACAUCUCUCGACUCCAUCCGGUCCUUCAGACUCGAAUUUGGCCAAAAAAGACACCACAACCGGACCGACUUCGACCCAAACGAUGAGCAUCGGACCGUCUUCGCUAAUAGAGCGCAGCGAUGAUGCUGGAAUAAUAGAUGACGCUUCAGCGGUAUCGGAAUUUCCGUUGCCCUACAACCCACCGCCCGGAGCUCGGAUCGAGGAGGAAGAGGAGGGGGAUGGCGAAGAUGAGGAGCCACAGAUAGCAACUUCAUUUGAGCGAGAGGCUUCGCCAACUUUUGCACAGAGACACCGAUCAGCUUCAGACAACUCGGAGGACGAGGGGAUCAACCGCAUGCACAAAUUCACGCUGUACGAAACCGCGACGCGAUUCUACAUGGUCGGGAUCAAUCUUGCGGAAACCCGUUUCCGGAUUCUGAAAAUUGAUCGGACUUCGGAGUCUGGUGAGUUGAGUAUUAUUGAGGAUGAGAUGUGCCUGGGCAUUGCUUGGCUUCAUCCGAUUUACGGGGGGGCAUACUAUAUGUUACUCGUUACCAAGAGGAGUCAGGUUGCCAUGUUAGGUGGUCACAAUGUCUAUCAGAUCGACGAGACCGAGCUGAUCCCAUUGACCACCUCGGAACCUUCACAUCUUAAGGCUGAGAAGAAUUCAGAAGAGGCACGAUAUAUUGCGAUUUUGAACAAUCUUGACUUGUCUCGCUCUUUCUAUUUCAGCUAUUCCUACGACAUCACUCGCACACUGCAGCAUAACAUCUGCCGGGACCGUGAGACCCAUCGAGAUGGCCACCCACAACCAUGUUCGCAUGAUUACCAUUCGAUGUUCAUCUGGAACCAUCAUAUCCUAUCCCCAGUCGCUGAGGCCCUCAAGAAUCCCUACGAAUGGUGUCUACCUAUAAUUCAUGGAUAUGUAGACCAGUCAAAGAUGAGUGUCUAUGGACGAAUGGUCUACAUCACAAUCAUCGCCCGUCGAUCCCGAUUCUUCGCCGGAGCACGGUUCCUCAAGCGCGGUGCAAACGACCUAGGAUACGUGGCCAAUGAUGUAGAGACUGAACAGAUUGUAUGUGAACAGACAACAACGUCGUUCCAUGCUGCUGGUCCAAGACUUCAUGCAAACCCUCAUUAUACUUCAUUUGUUCAACAUCGCGGGAGCAUUCCACUUCAUUGGACUCAAGAAAACACAGGCGUAUCACCGAAACCGGAUAUUGAGCUUAAUCUCGUGGAUCCAUUUUACUCGGCCGCGGCGUUGCAUUUUGACGACUUGUUUCGAAGAUAUGGUGCUCCAAUCUAUGUUCUCAAUCUGGUUAAGUCUCGCGAACGAACUCCGAGAGAGUCAAUACUUCUCAAAGAAUUCACCAACGCUGUCACUUAUUUGAACCAGUUUCUUCCUGAGGAUAAAAAGCUCAUUUACGAGGCGUGGGAUAUGAGUCGUGCCGCAAAGAGCCGGGACCAGGAUGUCAUCGAGACAUUAGAAGCUAUUGCAGGUGACAUCAUUCCCAAAAUCGGAUUUUUCAAGAAUGGAGACGACGCGGAAUCCGGCCUGCGGCUUCAGAACGGUGUCGCGAGGACCAACUGCAUUGACUGCCUCGACCGAACAAAUGCUGCACAAUUUGUCAUUGGCAAGAGGGCACUCGGCUAUCAGCUUCAUGCUCUUGGCGUUAUAGAUGACACCACGGUGGAGUAUGAUACCGAUGCUGUUAAUCUCUUCACGAACAUGUGGCAUGAUCAUGGAGACACUAUCGCUAUUCAAUACGGCGGGUCGCAUUUGGUGAAUACCAUGGCCACCUACCGUAAAAUCAAUCAGUGGAGCAGCCACUCUCGCGAUAUGGUGGAAAGCUUCAAGCGGUAUUACAACAACUCUUUCCUUGAUGCUCAGCGCCAAGAGGCAUACAAUCUCUUCCUUGGGAACUACAUCUUCGCGCAGGGAACUCCAAUGCUUUGGGACCUUCCUAACGACUACUAUCUCCACCAUACCAAUCCGAAAUCCCACUUCGACAGAAAGAAACCUAACUACAUCUCCUGGUACACCCCAGAAAAUCUAAAGGCCAGGCAAUUUCCACCCAUCUCAUUCCAUCCUAAAGCACCACUUUCCCAUUUCGAUGACUUCUGGCUGGAAUAUUAUCGACCGCUCGCUCUGUCCUCCCUAUCCAAAGUCUUUUCGUGGAAAAUGAACUCGACGUCCCGCUAUCUACCCCCAGUCCGCCCAGGACACCCAGUCCCCGACCUCAGUCCCUUCGUGCCUCGAAUCCCUCCAGAGCAGAUCCAGCGCGAGCGGCUACCACAGCGCACCGUCAAGAUACAAGAGCCACCUAACAGCCGCAGUCGAGACUCACCAAGCACGAUUGGUAUACCCGAAGCUGCACAGACAUGGGCUCACCAACCACCUUCAUCCGAGAAACAACCCCCUCUCACGGGCAUCAUCAAAGAGCCCGCUUUUAAAAACCCCCAUGUAUCCCGCAUCCCACCCAUUGACCCUCCGAACGCCCAUACUACCCCCAGCAAAGCGGAGAUCGCCCAGUGGACCCUUGGACAGCUAGUCAGCGACUCGCUGAACCCGUCUGUCACAAGUGCCGAGGCAGAAGAAUAUGAGCGGUACAUCAACCACCCGCUCAAGGUCCCACUUGUCGUCACAUCCGAAGAUGAAAUGACUGCUUCUUCGCUGCAAGACCACGGCUACAAUCUCGAUCUCUUGGAGUACGCUAAUAAAUGCAAUGUCGAAGAAUCUGCGCUCGAGGCGAGAGCUGGGGUAAACAUGCUUGCUUAUGCUGAGUUCUUGGAUGUCUCCGAGGACGGUCUUACUGUCGUGGGGGAGGACUAUGAGAAGAAGAGGUAUAAGCGGUAUCGCCAGUGGCUGCGCGGGAAGAGUCUUUUCAAGCAGCGGGUUGAUCCAUGA